AAAAAAAAUUUCUUUAUUUUCUAGGAAUGGCGUGUUUAUUUAACAUAUAAAUUAUCAUAUUAUUUAGCUCUAACAUAUUAUUGUUGUGGUUUAAUAGCUGAAGAAAAUAAAAAACAUGGUCAAGCUGUAUGUUAUUAUGAAGUUGCUGUUGAACGACUUAAAGAAGCAUGGAAAAAUGGAGAAAAAAUUUCAUCAGAUAAAACAAAUAUAUUUAAAGAUGCACAUAUGUUUACAAAUGAUGUUAUUAUGGGAAAAUAUAAAGUAGCUAAACGUGAUAAUGAUAGUGUUUAUUUUGAAAAAGUACCAACAUUAUCAAGUUUACCAGCUGUUCAAGGAGCAAUUGUUGCUAAACCACAACCAUUUGAUUGUCAUGAUCCAGAAGUAUGUGGAGUAGAUAUUUUUCAAAAAUUAGUACCAUUGGAUACACAUUUAGCUACAUCAGAAUAUAGUGAAGAAAAAGCUAAACUUUUACGUGAAAUAAUUGAAUUAACAGAAAAUAAAAAUCGAGAACUUGAAACAUUUAUGCUUUGUUUACAAUUAAAUCGUGCUCCAUUAAAUAAUGAAUAUCUUCGUUUACCACGUGAAUUACUUGAUUGUUGUGCUGCUGUUACAGCUCGUCCAAAUAUGUCUAAAGAACUUGUUUCAGCUAUGCAACAACUUAAUAGUCAACAUCAUGAAGUAACUGAACAAGUUGAUGAAUUUGAACAAUUAUUAAAAAUUUUUGAAGAAAAUAAUGAUUCUAUAAAAUCUAAUAAAGAAUAUAAAGAUUUAGAAUUAAAUUUAAAAACUAUUCGUGAUAUGAUGUUACAAGCAAAUGAAAGUAAUAUUGAAUUACAUCGACAUAUGACAACAAUAAUUGAUCAUUUAAAAAUUCUUAAUUUACCACUUGAACAAUUAGAAAAAACUUUACCUAUUAUAACUGAACUUGAUGAUGAAGCAAAUAAACCAAAAAUAACUCGUCUUGCAUUAUUAAAUGAAAAAAUUGAAACAAUGAAAAAUCAACGUGAAAUGUUAUUAAAUGAUUUUCGUAAAAAAAUUCAUGAUGAUGAUAUAACAAAACUUGUUCUUAUGCAAAGACAAGAAAAUCAUAAAGUAAUUCAUUUAACAAAA